GUGCAGCAUCCCAGCGGCGAACACCGAGCCUGUUCUCGGCGCAGUAUCGUGUGUCGUUCGUGUUUCGAGUGUUGUUUGGCUGCGUCAGGUGUGGAUUUUCAUUCCGAGUCGAUUUCAGUGGUGUAAUUUUUUGGGAAGAGGUGCUAAAUCCACCAAUUCACCAUGAGUUACAUGCAAGCAAAUCAGAACCGACCAAUGUCUCAUGGCAACUACCAAGGAGACAUGCCGAUCAGCUCGAAAGAACAAACUCUGAUGUGGCAGCAGAAUUCCUACAUGGGUGACUCCGGUAUCCAUUCCGGUGCUGGCACCCAAGUUCCUUCCCUCUCAGGGAAGGACGAAGAGGAGAUGGACCUGUUUGAUUUGGAUCAGGGGUAUGCCCAAGGAUUCACUCAAGAUCAAGUUGACGACAUGAACAAUCAACUGAAUCAAACACGUUCGCAACGUGUGCGUGCUGCCAUGUUUCCUGAAACAUUGGAAGAAGGAAUUGAAAUUCCAUCAACUCAGUUUGAUCCGGGACACCAAACGGCGGUUCAGCGUUUGGCUGAGCCUAGCCAAAUGCUGAGGCAUGCCGUAGUCAAUCUGAUCAACUAUCAGGAUGAUGCUGACCUUGCUACACGCGCUAUUCCAGAGUUGAUUAAACUUUUGAAUGAUGAAGAUCAAGUUGUAGUGUCGCAAGCUGCAAUGAUGGUGCAUCAGCUGUCCAAGAAGGAAGCUUCACGGCAUGCGAUUAUGAACAGCCCGCAGAUGGUCGCUGCUUUAGUCCGUGCGAUUUCCAACUCUAAUGAUUUGGAAACUACUAAAGGAGCGGUGGGCACUUUGCAUAAGUUGUCACAUCAUCGCCAGGGUCUUCUCGCUAUCUUUAAAAGCGGUGGCAUACCUGCACUUGUCAAACUGUUGAGCUCUCCAGUUGAGAGUGUAUUGUUUUAUGCAAUUACAACAUUGCAUAAUUUACUUCUCCAUCAAGAUGGAUCAAAGAUGGCGGUACGUCUAGCUGGAGGUCUGCAGAAGAUGGUUGCUCUGCUACAAAGGAACAAUGUUAAGUUCCUCGCGAUUGUUACUGAUUGUCUACAAAUUUUGGCAUAUGGUAAUCAGGAGAGUAAGUUGAUUAUUCUCGCAUCGCAAGGUCCGAUCGAACUUGUACGAAUUAUGCGUUCGUAUGACUAUGAGAAGUUGUUGUGGACAACUUCCCGUGUGCUUAAAGUUUUGUCUGUUUGCUCGAGCAACAAACCAGCGAUAGUCGAGGCCGGUGGUAUGCAGGCACUUGCUAUGCAUCUUGGCAAUGCAAGUCAACGUUUGGUACAAAAUUGUCUCUGGACGUUGCGAAAUCUGUCUGAUGCUGGCACAAAGGUUGAUGGUUUGGAGGCAUUGCUUCAAUCAUUGGUGCAAGUAUUGCAAUCACAGGACCCCAAUGUUGUUACAUGUGCAGCUGGCAUUCUCUCCAAUUUGACUUGUAACAAUCAACGCAAUAAGGUGACCGUUUGUCAAGUUGGUGGAGUGGAUGCUUUGGUGCGUACAAUUGUCAAUGCUGGUGAUCGCGAGGAGAUUACUGAACCUGCUGUUUGUGCCCUAAGGCACUUGACUUCACGUCAUGUUGAGAGCGAAAUGGCGCAGAAUGCCGUACGAUUGAAUUACGGCAUUCAAGUGAUUGUCAAGCUGUUGAAUCCGCCAUCCAGAUGGCCAUUGAUCAAAGCGGUGAUUGGGUUGAUUCGUAAUUUGGCCUUAUGUCCCGCCAAUCACGCACCAUUACGUGAACACGGUGCGAUUCAUCAUUUGGUGCAAUUGUUGAUGCGUGGGUUCCAGGACACUCAACGGCAGAGGUCAAGUGUAGCCAGUGGUGGAUCACAACAGCCCGGCACUUAUGCGGAUGGAGUGCGUAUGGAGGAAAUUGUCGAAGGUACAGUCGGUGCCUUGCAUAUUUUGGCAAGAGAGUCGCACAACAGAGCCAUUAUCAGACAACAAAUGGUUGUACCCAUUUUCGUCCAGUUAUUAUUCAAUGAUAUUGAAAAUAUCCAAAGGGUGGCUGCCGGAGUACUCUGCGAAUUGGCCGCGGAUAAGGAGGGUGCAGAAAUGAUCGAGCAAGAGGGUGCCACAGCACCAUUAACAGAACUCUUACAUUCCCGAAACGAAGGUGUUGCAACUUAUGCGGCCGCUGUAUUAUUCCGCAUGAGUGAAGACAAACCACAAGACUACAAGAAGCGGCUCUCAAUGGAGUUGACUAAUUCGUUAUUCCGAGAAGAGAACGUCUGGAACGGGGAUCUGGGCAUGGGCCCUGAUCUGCAGGACAUUUUGAACCCUGACCAGCCCUAUGACAAUCUGUAUGCACAAGGUCCCCCUAGUGUUCACAGCAGUCACGGAGGCAGAACACAGUUUCAGCAGCAAGGGUAUGACCAGAUACCAAUAGAUAUGCAAAGCUUAGAGAUCGGCUCGCACGCGAUGGACGCAAUGGAUGUGGGCACUGCCGAUCCCGCCGAUCUUGACUUUGAACACAUGGAUCAACUGCCGGCGCCGCCAAACGACCACAAUCAAGUGGCCGCUUGGUAUGACACCGACUUGAAAUCAAGCAUAAAGAUGGCUUUUAAAACACCACGUCGAGAAAAAUCCAAUGGUUCAACUAGUUCCGAGAGCGAUAAAACCAAAGAUCCAGUCAGUGUUUACUGCCGUUUGCGGAAUUUACCAGACGAUAACGACACUGCAUGUAUAAACCUUGUUUCGCCCAAAGUAUUGGCCCUCACAUGCCCCACGGACUCAAAGGUGCUUCGUAGAGACAUUCAAUAUGAAUUCAAGCAUAUCUUCACCAUGUAUGCAUCCCAGAAGGAGGUCUUCGACCACGUCGCGUUGCCACUUCUUCAAGACCUACUCAAAGGCAAGAACGGUUUAUUAUUUACCUACGGAGUUACAGGCUCCGGUAAAACCUACACCCUUACCGGAGAUCCGUUUCAUCCGGGAAUGAUGCCGCGUUGUAUCGACACGAUCUUCAACUCAAUCGGCGACCGCCAAGCUCCAAAAUUCGUUAUAAAAUCAGAUAGGAUGAAUGGUUUUGAAGUUCAAAGUGAAGCAGAUGCAGAAGAAGAAAGGAGGAUUGAACAGAGAUUAUUGAGUAGGCAAAAGAAAAGGCCAGAAAAAACAAUGUAUGCAAAUGACCUCACUAGAAUUCAGGAAAUUAAUGAUACAAACUUAUAUGCUGUGUUUAUUUCAUACAUUGAGAUUUAUAACAAUACUGUUUAUGAUCUCUUGGAUGAAAGCAGUGGCAAGCAGCUACAGAGUAAGAUCUUAAGAGAGGAUUCAAACAAGAAUAUGUAUGUUAAUGGUGUAGUUGAGAUUGAGGUGAAGUCUGCUGCUGAGGCUUUUGAGUUGUUUAACAUUGGCCAGAAGAGAAAAAGAAUGGGCCAUACGUUGCUUAAUGCUGAAAGCAGCAGAAGUCAUUCGAUUUUUAACAUUAGAGUAGUUCAAUUGCACCAGGAGUCACGAAAUAGCAAUGGGGAUCGUGUGAUUCCCGCUGGAAAUUUGCUACAAGUUGGACAGUUGAGUUUGGUAGAUUUGGCUGGAUCUGAACGUAGUAGUCGCACGCAGAACACCGGCAUGCGACUAAAAGAAGCGAGUUCCAUUAAUAAUUCUUUAAUGUUCUUGAGAUCCUGCAUGGAAGCAUUGAGGGACAAUCAAAUGAACAACGCGAAUCGUUUGGUGCCUUACAGAGAUGCCAGACUGACGUUUUUGUUUAAGAAUUAUUUUGAAGGUGAAGGUAAAGUUCAGAUGAUCGUCUGCGUGAAUCCAUCUUCCGGUGAUUACGAGGAGAAUUUGCAAGUAAUGAAGUUUGCUGAUAUGGCAAAGGAUGUUAAAGUAGUCAAGGCUGAAUCCAGAUAUACACCAUAUAAACGUGUGCAGAAAGUUAAUAUGAAGACACCAUCAACAGUGAAAGCAAAUGUUGCAACUUCAAGAAUUAAAAUGGCUGCGCCAUUGGUUUUCGGUCCAAAAAUUCCCAAAUUUAAACUGGAUAUUGAAAAUUUGGAUGUGUACGAACAUACGUUGAACAAAUUAGAAGAUAUUUUAGUUACGAGGAGACAAAAAAGUCUCGUUUUUAAUCGUGAUUUAUUGUCCAGAGAGCAACAUCUGCGCAAACGCUUGAUUGAGAUGAAUCAAGAUUAUACUAUCAAGUGUUCUGACUUGAAAAAUGCACAGAUUCAGCUCAAGAAGGAAAAGAAACGUGGUCAAAACUUAGAAGUUAAAGUUUUAGACAUGGAAAAGUUCUGCGAUAAUUUAGAAGGAAAGAAUAGCGCGUUGAAUACUGAUCUAAAGCGUCUGAAAACCAAUUUGGACGAAAAAGACUUGAAACUUAAUCAGAAUCUUGUCGAUAGACAAAAGCAGAAACAAAAGAUGGUGAUGCGGCAGGAGAAAAUGACGCAAGAGUUGGAUGAUAAGCUGCGCAGACAACGGGAGCACUACAAUGCUGCAUGCAUGGCUAAAGAGCUUAAAUUACAGAAAGUCAAGGCAGUCUUGGAGCAAGAUGUUGAUUUGGAAAGUCUAGAUAUGAACAACGAUGUAGAAAUGCCCGAAGUUGUCGAGACUCCGAGACAUCCACCGAGUACCCCGCAAGUGCAAUCUAUGCACAGUGGACGUACAAGAAUUGUAGUUGCUAAUCGCAGGAGGUCUCGUUCUGUUGGUGAGGUUUGGCUCGAGCAUAACUCCAUCAAGCCUGUACCCCUCGGGACAGUUUUGCAGCCAACUAUCAAGAAACGCAAGUCGGUUACAACGCUGAAGAAAGCUGGGGAUAUUACAAAUCCGAAACAGAGCAAGUAUUGUCUUAUUGCACAAGAAGCAGAUACUGAUGGCGAGGUGGAAACGAAAGUUUACAAAGGUGAUAUUGUAAAAACGUGCGGGGGUGGUGCACAGGUAAUAUUCAACGACGUGGAGAGGCUGCGCCAAGAGAGCCCAGUGGGCACGCCACGCAAAUAGUAUUACUAUUUUAAUGUGCUACUUAAACUUACUUGAAUGGUUGGUUGUUCAGAAGAGGCGAGGAAAGUUUACAUUGCACUAUAUUCUUAACUGUUCACACGGUUUUUGGGUAUUUUUUAUAAUUAUAUGAAUAAGUUAUUAAUUCCUACUAAUGUUCUAUUUGGACUACUGUAAUUAAUAUAUGAAUAACUUGUACUUGGGAUUGUAUGUUUAUAAUAUAUCACAAUUAUUGAAUUUAA